AUGGCGCGGCCACGCGUCUCCUGGCGCUCGACGACCGCCAUUCCAGAAGACUCUGACGUCGUCAACGAGCCGCUACAACAACAAGGCGAAGUGAAGUCUGCCGGUUGUAGUCCCAUGUUUCAACGUAGGCGUAAACUUCUUGGAUGUGCCGGCCCGUCACUCGACUCGUCCUAUCAGCUCAACGAAAUCGUUGAAGUCGGCGAAUUAGUGGCAGAAAUGUCUCCGCGUGCACGACGGAGUCGAUUGAGGAAGAUUUUUGCAUCGUUAACGCCUACUAAUAGAACAAACUUGAACCGUGAUCCGCUCGCGUUUAAGCGAAACACGAUCCCCAACGGCACCGAUAUUACCACACCCGAGUCGGACCCAUAUCGGAAACCGAAAAGUUUAAGUUCUUUCGAUUUGGACCGACGGAUCGAUGAGAACGAUAUUCUAACCGUUUGUGAAGAAGUCGAAAAGGAAGAGAAAACCACCCCGGUUGAAACGGAAAUGCCCUCAAAAACAGUUGAAGACGAUGAAAUCAAGUAUGUUACGCUCCUCGUGAAAAUCCGCUUGAAAGAAGGACAAAAUCUUGCGAUCCGAGAUGCAUCCGGAAGUAGCGAUCCAUAUGUGAAGUUCAAGUACAAAGAUCGUAUCGUGUACAAAAGCAGUACAAUAUUCAAAAAUUUGAACCCAAUAUGGGAUGAAGAGUUUCAGAUGCUUGCCGAAGACAUGACCUCUCCGAUCUCUAUCGAAGUAUACGAUUACGAUCGAUUCUGUACGGAUGAUUUUAUGGGAUGUGCAAGUAUAGACAUCAGUCAAGUGAAAUGGUUCCAACCUUCUGAGAAGAUUGUUGAUCUAGUCGACGAUGCAUCACCGACCGAAGAACUUGGCACUAUUUCUCUGACAAUUUCAGUGGUACCAUUGACAAUGGACGAGAAGGAUGAGUUCGUCCAAAAAUCAGUUCGUGGAGUAUUGUCGGAAGUGGCGAAGAAAAAGGAAAAAUUGGUGCAAAUGUGGGUGUCCGUGGUGAACAUCGUGCUCGUUGAAGGACGAAAUCUCAACCCGAAUUACAACUCAACCGCACUUCCUGAUCCAUACUGCAAAUUCAAGUUAGGAUGUGAAAAAUAUAAGAGUAAAAUCUGCAAUCGUUGCUCGGAUCCGAAAUGGAUCGAACAAUUCGAUCUACAUAUUUACGAAUUCGGCUCGGAAACGCUUGAAGUUAUGUGUCAGGACAAACGUACGACAAGUUGUAUCGGGAGGAUUGCAGUUGAUCUGCACGCGUUCCCACGUGAUCAAACCAUCCAGAAAUGGUACAAUUUGGAGGAUGCAUGUGGAUCGUUGCUGCUGCUGAUUACCGUAUCCGGUAGUCAUUCGAAGGAUAGUGUCGUCGAUUUGACGGAAUUCAAUCAGAAUGAUCUGAGAAAUUCGAUGGUGGAGCGAUAUGAUCUACUGCACACCUUUGACGACAUUAAGGAUAUCGGUCAAUUAACUGUAAAAGUUUUCCGUGCUGAAGAUCUCCAAGCAAAGGAUCUCGGUGGAAAAAGUGAUCCAUUUGCAGUUUUGGAGCUUGUAAAUACACGAUUACAAACUCAUACAGAAUACAGGACCCUUAACCCUCAAUGGAAUAAGCUGUUCACAUUUAGUGUAAAAGACAUCCAUACUUGUUUGGAGGUGACCGUCUAUGACGAAGAUCCGAACAACAAGUUCGAAUUUCUUGGAAAAGUCGUUAUACCGCUAAUGUCGAUUAAAAACUGCGAAAGGCGAUGGUAUGCUCUUAAAGACAAAAAGUUGAAUACUCGAGUAAAAGGUGAAAUUCUUCUCGAACUUGAUGUAAUAUGGAAUCCAUUAAGAGCAGCAAUUCGUACAUUCAAUCCACGAGAAAGAAAGUUUAUCGAAGUGGAGAAGAAGUUCAAGGCUGGAUUAUUCCGUAACACUGUUUUGGAGCUGAAAGAGUUUGGAUUAACUGUAGUAGACUACAAAAACUACAUUGAAAGCUGUUUUGAUUGGCAUUCAACGACCAGAUCAAUCACAGCUUUUUCGAUUUUCGUCGUUAGCGUCUACUACUUCGAACUCUAUCAUAUUCCUCUUCUGCUUCUACUCCUAUUCGCCAAAUGUCUCAUCUACAAACGAGUAGCAGAAGAGCUAUCACCCCGUUACGACAACAUCUCCUUACGAUACGAUGAAGAUGGUGAAGAAGAGAAGGAUCUGCCCACGCCCACAAAACAAACUCACAACUCGUCCACGAAAUCAAAGGACAAGGAAUCGUCAUCUUCUUCUAUUCGAGACACAUUAUCUUCUGUACAGGAGACGUUGACGGUCGUGCAAAACACUCUGGUAUUUAUUUGUGCACUAUUGCAACGGGUUCGAAACACUUUUAACUUUUCAUCACCGUGGUUGUCGUGGUUAGCUAUAGCAGUAUUGUCAGUCGUCACCGUCCUACUAUAUUUUGUGCCUUUGCGAUGGAUCAUCAUGAUUUGGGGUAUCAACAAAUUUACAAAGAAGCUACGUAAUCCACAUUACAUUGAUAAUAACGAAGUGUUAGAUUAUUUAUCGAGGGUACCAUGCGAUAAAGAAUUGCGUGAAUGGCGAGAAUUCAAAGUGACACCAUCGUCAAAUGGACGUGAAAAAGAAAAGAAGCCUAAAUAA